AACUGUACUGCGCUUAAGGUUCCGAAGAGUAAAGUAGCCUCCAUACUUUCCAAAUGGAAAUUGUUUGGGACAACAUGGGUGGGAACAACGAGGACACAAAACAACAAGGAACAAUAAAGCUGUAUAAAGCUUAUAGAAUUAAUAUUCGAUACACUAAACAUAAUUUUCCCUCAUUUUUGUAUGCAUUUUAGAAUCUAAGAUGGGUUGGUGGCAAAGCGAACACAACUAAAGGAAAGUUAAAGGUCCACUGUCAUGAAAAGCAUUAUUUUUUAAUAUGUUACUAAUAACAAAAGGCAGCCGACAUGGACCCAUGUGCUUUUUUUCCACCAUAACACAUGAUUUUAAUGUGUAUGGCUUUUGUAACUCCCGCCAUGAAAAUCCUCUCGAGGGAUUUGUUUUCGAGAAGAAGCAGGAAGUGACGUACACGGCAGGACCGCCCUCAAGUGGACUCGUUUGUUUCCAUUAAUUUUACCUCUGGGAUGGUAUUCUCGUUGUUCCUUCGUGUUAGCCAAAAUGCCGGCUCCUCGCAUUGCUGGACAUUGCUUGAACACUCGGGAGGAUGGAUUUACCCUUCGUAAGUUUGCAAGAGACCCGGUUCAUCGUGAAAAAUGGAUUGCACGGGUGCAGAGGACCAGACCUUUGUGGGUUCCAAAUGACAGAGCAGAAAGUGUUGUGAUCUUCGUGGGAAAAUGUUCGCUAGAAGGGCAGCAGAGUACGAGGAGGAACUUUGGAGACCAAAAAAGGAGGAGGAGCCACAAAUUCAACUACCGGACGCUGUGUUCAAUCUGCAACCCCGAACUCUGCUAGACCAACCAGACAGUGAAGAUCUUGAUCCUGAAAACCAGGAGCCAAAGUCUUCUCACAUUAAAGAGGAAGUGGAGUCGCAGUCCUCUUACAUAAAAAAAGAAGAUAAAGAAGAGUGGCUCCACAUCAAGGAGGAAGAGGAAGACCCCUCUUACAUCAAACAGGAAAACGAGGAGGGGGUUAUCACCAAUUUUCCAUCAACUGGUGUCGCAUUGAAGAGUGAUGAAGGUCAAAGUGAGGAGAGCAGAGGGGCGGAGCCUCCAACCGGCAGCUCAAGUCAAAACAUGACAGAAGGGGAUGGAGACCACGAUGAAGGAUCACACCCAGAUGGACUCUUGGCGCCACUGUCGGAUAGCGAUGGCACGUCACACUCGACUGACGAUGAUGAUGAACAGUGUGAAGGUGGCAAACGAUGGAAGUGUUCUCAGUGUGGGAAAACCUUUGCUUCUCAUCGGAAUUUGAAACGACACACGACAAUACACACCGGAGAGAAGCCUUUUGCCUGCUCCGAUUGCGGUCAACGAUUCUCUGAGAAGGGCAACUUAAAAACACACAAGCGGAAACACACUGGGGAGAAACCUUUUCCCUGCACAGAUUGCGGCGAAAGAUUCAUUUACAAGGAAAGCUUUAAAAUACACAAAAUAACCCACACUGGUGAGAAACCUUUUGCCUGUUCAGAUUGCGGCCGAAGUUUCUCUCGGAAGGGAGACUUGAAAAAGCACAUGCAAAUCCAUACUGGUGAGAAACCUUUUGCCUGCUCAAUUUGUGGCCAAAGCUUUGCAAUAAAGAGUAACUUAAAAUGUCACACAAGAAUCCACACUGGUGAGAAACCUUUUUCUUGCUCAGUUUGUGGUCAAAGAUUCUCUGUAAAGAGGACUUUAAAAUGUCACACAAGAACACACACUGGUGAGAAACCGUUUGCUUGCUCUGUUUGUGGUCAGAGAUUCUCCCAAAAGGGAAACCUGAAAAUUCACACAAGAACCCACACUGGUGAGAAACCUUUUACCUGCUUAAUUUGUGGUCAAAGAUUCUCCCAAAAUGGAAUCUUAAAAAUACACACAAUAACCCACACGGGUGAGAAACGUUUUACCUGCCCAGAUUGUGGCAAAACAUUCUCUCGGAAGGGCGACUUAAAAAUACACACGAGAAAUCAUACUGGUGAGAAACCAUUUUCCUGCUCAGUUUGCGGUAGACAAUUUUCCCUUAAAGGAAGCUUAAAAUCACACAUAAAAUCACACACCGGAGAGAAACAUUUUGCUUGCUCAAUUUGCGAUCAAAGAUUCACCAGAAAAGGAAAUCUAAAAACACACUCCAGAAUCCACACAGGUGAUAAACCUUAUACCUGCUCAGUUUGUGGUCGGAGAUUCUCCCGUCAAGAUCGGGCCAAGACACACAAGUGUACUGGUGAGAAUCAUGCUGAUCAAGAAGAUUUAAAUGUAAAUGGUUUAUGUAUGUAAAGGUUUAUUUAAUCAGCUUUUAUUCUCAAAAGAGUUUCUGAAAAACUACAAAAGAUGAACCCAAGGGUGACACCAUAGUCUGACGUGAUGGUUUCUUAAACCUGUGGCGAGCUUUACAACACAAAGGCAUAGUUCAGCAAAAAAAAAAUAUAUCUUUUUUUCAACAAGCAAAUACCAAGCUUUGGAGAAAUUUGACCCAAAAGUCAAACAUACAUAGAAGUUACAAUAUUUAUACAACAGCUUUUCUUUAUAACUACAUUAUAUACAAACCUAAUUCUGAUGAAGUUGGAACAAAAAAAACAGCUCCGGCAGCGACACAGUAGCAACACGAUAGCACAGCACCAACUGAGCCGGUUAAAAAAAAAAAAGAUAGCUAAAUCACUGAGACGCGACAGUAACACAGCAGAACCACGCAAUGCUAGCGCAGCGCGGACGCUAGCACGGCGCUAACAGGGCCGGUUAAAAAUAAAACAUACCGGUAAAAAUCACUGAGAUGCGGCGGCAGUAACACCGCAGCAACACCCUAGCACAACUCUCACAGGGCCGGUUAAAAAACAAAAAAACAUACCGGUAAAAGCCACUUCCUCGGCACAAGUAUUCCACCGGUCUCACUCUUACCUUUUCUGCCCGAGUGCCCCCUUGCGGCCGUUAGUAAAAAAUGCACAAAUUAGCCAUAUCACCGCAUAAACCGCAGGGUUGAAAGAAUGUGGAAAAAAAGUUGUGGCUUAUCGGCAGGAAAUUACGGUAAUUGGAGCCUUAAAUAUUAUUAUUGUACUUGAAUUUAUAUAUUUUUUUCUGUAGCUAUUUUUCAAAUAUCUUCUGAAGUUACUAAUAACCAAAGAAUGGGUGGCCCUUAAAAGAUUAUAUAAUAUAUAUUUGUUUUCAUUUCAACCCCUGAAAAGGUUCAGGGGCAUCACACCUUUGUACAUUUUCAUUUUUUCAAAAGUUGAAUAUUCCAUGACAUAUCUAUGGUGUUAGUCAUAUAUUCAAUCUAGUUGCAUCUCAUUGGUCGAGCCACAUUUAGCAACGCCCCUUUUUGUAAUUGUCCCUGUGCAAUUAUUAAUAAUUCAUAUAUCUCACCCUAUCUCUUUGUCACACCAAAUUAUUUGAAAUACUUUGAAUAUAGUCGUGUUCCUCAAGUGAAUUUUGAUAUUGUAUAUGAUAGAUUUAUGCAUUUCCCAUUUUUUUUCUGUGUAAAUCUUUUAUACCGAUUGACCAAAAUUGAUAUCUUUGUAUUCUAACAUUUAUUUUCACAUUGUAUUUGUAUUUUUAAAGGCUUCCUGUGGACUUGUCUGUUGAAAAUUUGCCCUAGUGUCAUGAAACAAAAUCAAUAUGUGCAUUUUGUCCAAUGUGUCACUGAUGCCAAUAUCAAAUAAUUGAUUGAUUAAUCAAUCAAUUGUAAGGAAACUUUGGCUUUUGGUGGGAAACUGUAAAGUGUACAGUGUAUGUGAACUUUAAUAAAAGACACCACUCCACUCAAAGUACCUCAAUUGUCUUUAUCAAAGGUGUUGAGGGUCCAGGAGAUGUCCUCGGAAGGGGAAAAUCCCAAAUUCACUUCAACUGUUUUUUUUCCCCACCACAAAAGAUGAUUUUGACAUACGGCUUUUUGUAACUCCCGCCAUG